AUGCCGAAAGGAGGAGCGUCGUCGUUGACGCCGGUGUAUGCUGGUCUCUGCGAAGACAUCGACAGCUUCCUGAAAGCAUUUUUGAGGACUGGGUCACGAAGGUAAUUUUCAAAAAGUUUUGAGCGGUUUUUUCCAAGGAGAGGACAAGCUUCCAGAUUUUCGGACUAUAAAAACCUUUUUGCGCAUCGAGGAGUAAUUAAUAUAUUCAACGGAAGAAGUCACAGCGCGGAAAUCAUCGAGGUUAGUUGGAAAAUAACAUGUUCGAUUAUUUAUAUGCAUUUUUUAGUUCAAUGAACGGCUUCUCGUCAGCUGUCUGCCGUACAUGGAGGAGAAUGUGUGCGAGGGCUCUCCACGGAGUCUGGAAGAACGACUCUUCGGUCUCUACUCACUCUACACGUUCUUUUAUCUUCAGUCCGUCGGCCUGGUCGUCAAAAUCCGAAUGGACCCGGAUGCAGUCCGCACUUUCACCAAAUUUGCCGAUUUUCUCCUCAAGGAGCAGAUUCUCGACGCCUACUUCUGUUGUCUGAAACUAUUGGAGUCGAACGCGUUCAAAAUUGUCGCUUUCAUAUCUACAGUCGGUGUUUUUCUCGAAUAAGUAAACAAUGAAUCGAUUUUCAGUUCGAUCCGUCAUGCUUCAAGCGUUUCGGCAUAGACAGCACGGAUGUGAAGGGCGUUCCGACGUUGACCAACGUGAAUGAUCCGCUUGGGAAUGUGAAAGCGCUGAUCGAGACGCCAACGUUCAAAAAAUUGGGACUGGUUCACAAUCUGUACAUGAAGAAGAAGGAGGAGCUCGGAGUACGGUGUGGAGGAAUCCAACUGGCGAAUGUGCAGGCGCUCGCAAGAGGUAUCGUUGAAAAGAGCACCUGGAAGGCGGACGCAAGCUACAAAGCUCAUCAGAAUUGGGAUCCAUGUCUCGCUCGUCGCAGCGGGCGUCAAUUGACUCGUGCGGAAAUCAAGGAAAAGGCCUAUGGCGCCGGAUUGCAAUUGGCCAGAGACAGACGGCAUCGUGCUUGCUCUCGUAGGCUUCCGGAUGAGUUUGCAGUGAAUGUUUGAUUGAUUUUCUUUCAGCGCUCAAAAUGAAGACAGAAGUCUUUGAGUUUAGAAAGGAAGUGGUCAAGUACACGAAGCCGGCUGUGAAAGAUGAGAACGAUCAAGUUAAAAUUGAAGAGAAGCAGGAAACUCCUUUGAAAAAGCGCAGAAAGAAGGGUAAAAACGGACCAGGACGCCCACGCAAACAGCCGCUCAAGUCUGAAAAAAAAGAAAAGAUCAAGAAACAGCGCAUUCCGUCUGCUCCGACAACGGUUAUCAUCAAACCGACCGGGCGUAAAACCAAUGUACAGCCUUUUCACAACAGAAAUGUAUUUAAAAUCCCGUUCUUUUUCAGAAUUCUGUCUCUUCGGAGCUCUUUGCAGUGGCAGAGAUCAAAAUGGAAAUAAAAAAGGAUAUUAAGCAAGAGGUGCUGUCAGUGGCGGAAAUCAAGGUGGAACCGCCGUCGGAGGAUGAUGACGAAGGAAAAGAGGUGCAAAUGGAGGUAGACGAGUGCGAUACUCCGCCAAAUUUGAAAAUGGACAGGAAAAGCGUCACUUUCCGUGAAAAUGUAUAAAGAAACGUGUGUUGAGGGCGCUACAACGCAAUAGAACUUGAACGGAAUUGAACUGUUACGAUAUAGAACUCGCAACGUUAAAAAACACCUGCGAGUUCUAUAUCGUAACAGUUCUAUUCCGUUCAAGUUCUAUUGCGUUGUAGCGCCAUUUUUUAAGAUAUAAUAUGCAAUGUUUUCAGGAUCUGGGAGAGGACAUUGUGUCGAUCUGCACAAUUUCUCCGCGAAACACGGUGAGCGAUGAAGAAAUGGAGUCGGAAGAUAACGAUUAUGUGGCGGAGCCGAAACACGAACCUCCGACUGGUAAAAAUACCCAUCGAAAGUUCUCAAAAACUUAUAUUUUUUACAGUUUCCGAGGAAGAGGAGAGCAUGUUCCAGCCGAUCGAAGACGAGGAAGAUUUCGUCGGAAACGAGCACUCGUUCUGCAUUGAUCUCGACGAAAAUUAA